GGUUCCAUAGUAUCAGCACCAGCUCAAUCAAUUCUGGAGAGAGGACCGGAUAAUCUUCGGAAGAAGGGCCUUCUCUCCACGUGCCUUGUAUUGGAAAAUUAUAUUUCUGCGGUUAAUAUUAAGAUUAGGCUGUAAUUCUGGGUGGGAGAAGUGUGGCCAAUUUAGUCAGCAAUGGACGCGUCUCCCAUUCCCCAGACAAAGACAGUUGGAAACAUCCAGGGAAACAUUCAAUCUCCAUCUGCUGCUAACUUGGCAACUUUGCAGUCCUACCGGCCGCUGGUUAACGACGUUUAUGCACCACCCUCCCUGGGCUUCUCACAGGGAUCCAGCAGCAGCCAGGUGCCCCAGAGUAAGUAUUCAGAGCUCCUAGCCAUCAUUGAGGAGUUGGGAAAGGAGAUUCGGCCCACCUAUGCAGGCAGCAAGAGUGCCAUGGAGAGACUUAAACGAGGGAUCAUCCAUGCUAGGGGUCUGGUGCGGGAAUGCUUGGCAGAGACUGAACGAAAUGCCAGGUCCUAGCUACAGAAACAUUACUCUCUCCUGCAAAAGAACCAACACCGUCUCUCACUUACUCAACAUGUAAAAGACUGCUGAAUGGCGUAUCCUCUGACAAGAGGAAAAAAAUUAAAAAGGGAUGGCUAAAAAGGUCAAGAAAAUGCAAGAUUUAGAUUUGACAAAUGGAAGGAGGGGACACUAGAAAAUAAUUCAGAAUUCAAAGGAAUUUUUCUUCAUUCCCCAUUUUGGGGUCACGGUUUUCCUGACUUAUUUCAAAUGAAUAGUGUUUUUUGCAUGCAAAUGUACGGGUCCAACAUGGACUUUGGUUAAAUUUGGACGUUGCAUGGCUUGUACAGGGUUAGACUAGGAGAGGAAAUCUGUUUGAUAGAUGUUGGUCUGAAUUCCAGACCCUUUAAACACUUAUGGGUGAACAAGUGAAGGACAGUAAAGUGCCAAAUACAUUGGUUCAUUCAUGUUCUUUUUUGGUAUUAAUUAUAACAACUUAUGUUACUUGCAUCUUUGUAUGUAUUUAUUACUCUGUGUAAUAAAAUGUAUUUUCAAUACGAA